GGCAAAACAGAGUGAAGAGGCUACAAUUGCAGGUUUAUUCUGGACCUAAACAGCAAUCCUUAAAAAGCUGCCUAUUGGGGUUUCUCCACCUCUCUGCACACGGACAUCCACUGUCUCUUGCUGUCUGCAGAGAGCUCCCAGUGCUGCUGCUGCGAGGGUAUAUAGUCUCUGCUUCUGUGCACAGCACCAGAAAAAGACUGCUUUACAGUCCGAGACCAUGAGUGAGGCGAAGAAAGGUGAGCUUGCCAUCCGGGAUAAAGCCAUCCUUCACCAGCAGAGGCGUCUGAAGCAGGCCACCCAGUUCACACACAAGGACUCAGCUGACCUCCUGCCUCUGGAUGGGCUGAAGAGACUGGGCACAUCUAAAGACUUGCAACCUCACAGCAUCGUCCAGCGUCGCCUGAUGGAGGGAAACUUCACACGGCUGCGAGGGGAGGCCUGGGACCCCAACGGCAGGGUUCGUUCCCCGCUGGCCGACAUGAAAGACGGACCGGCUGACACCGAAGAGAGGAGCGAGAGCACCGCCGACGACUCCACAGAGGAGAGGGAGUCUCUGGAGGAAAGCGAGAGGAGCCUACGGUCGGACGAAGAGGACGACAGCAGCGAAGCAGGAGCCCGGCAGACAGCUGAGAAGGCCGAGGGCACGGAGAGCUCGACCCUCCUCUCAGCUCUGGUUGUUCUAUGCAAGUGCUGCGAGACUGAAGUCAAGGCAUCCAUCAACACCGGCAGCCAACAUAACCACAUCUCCACCUCCUGCUGCCAGAGGCUGAGACUGGUGCCCAGCUCACCAUGUGGUGAGAGCAGCUCAGUGACCGGUCUGCAGCUGCAGCUGGGCAGACAGAUGGUCCAGUGUUCCGCCUACGUCAAAGAGGAUGAGGCGUUUGAACUGUGCCUGGGUCUUCAGACUCUGUUGGAACUUAAAUGCUCCCUUGACCUGAGCAGCCGGGUCCUGAAGCUGCAGGGCUGCGGCGAGGAGCUGCCCUUCCUGAACGCUUCAACCGACAGCCAGUGCCAACACGACACCAACGAGAACCUGUGAGCCCGACUCGACGGCGGCGACCACUUCCUCGAAUCUCGACCGGUUGCAGCAACGUGGCGCGAUGCCGUUUGUGUCUGGACGAGUACGAUCAGUGUCUUUCACACACUGCCAGAACAUGGAUGACCAUUCACCACCGUCGUUCUUGAGUUUACAUCAUUGUGUUUGUAGAAUUAAAACAUUCACUAUGAUUAUCUCUUAUAUUAAAUUAGUCUAGUUUACAGAGUGGGUGAAAGCCAGUUAUGAGCCGAUCCGAUCUCUGAGAGUCUAAUCAUUUUUUAUGAUUACGUAUGUAUUGUGUAUUGUACAUUGUGCAAUUACUCUGCUGAGCUACGUGGGUACACUAAUGCUCUCGAAAAAGGGAAAGCAUUAUAAUCAUUUAAAGUGAACUUUAGUGGAAUAUUUUGUGAUUUGGCUGUACAAUAAUUACUUUAAAUCAUCAAGUAAAUGAAAAAAGUGUUAACUGUAAAUCAUUUCAGUUUAGAGGGUGAAAGGAAUUGUUUUAUAUUUUGGGACACAUUUUCUUACCAGGUUAAAUGAGAAGAUACCUCGCUCAUAUCUGUAGGGUAAAUAUGAAGCUACAGCCAGCAACCUGUUAGCUUAGCUUAGCAUAAAGACUGGAAACAGAGGGAAACAGCUAGCAUGGCUCUGUUUUCCCGUUUCCAGUCUUUAUGCUAUGAUAAGCUAACCGGCUGCUGGCUGGAGCUUCAUAUUUACGGUACAGACAUGAGACAGGUAUAGAUCUACUCAUCGUAUUCUCAUCAAGAAUGUGAAUGAGCAUAUUUCCAAACUGUCAAACUAGUCCUUUAAAAAUAAAUAUGACCCGUCUAAAAAGUGUCGGUACUCAGGAUCCCCUUUUCAGCAUGCUAAAAGGAAAUUUUAAGAAGAAUUUUUGAAGUCUUGUGGGAUCAGAUUUGGAAAAAGCUACCUCUUUAAGUAUGGAAGCCCAUUUCCAUCAAUGUGAUGAAAUAAAAGAUCCUGUAAGUCAUUAUAAUGAGUUAGUCUCUCAACAUAAUAAGUUAGAAUCUCAAAAUAAUAAGUUAGUAUCUUAAAAUAAUGAGAUAUCUCAAAAGAAUGAGAACUUUCUCAAAGUAAUGACUGUUUAUUUUGAGAAGUUUCUUAUUAUAAUGAUUUAUGGGUCUUUUUUUCGUCACAUUGGGCAGAAAUGAGCUUCCAUAUAUAAGAGACAAGGAUGGGUUCUCAUCUAGAAUUUCAAAAGAUCUGAGGAAAACACCACCUUUUCUCAUGUACUUAUAUUUAGAUUUGUAAAGCCCCCUUUGCUCUUUCUUUCCCCAUCAAAAGACGGAUGUGGUAACGUUUUCCAGGAGCACACUUCCAGUCUGUCGUGACAGCCUAGACUAAAUUACAGAUAGUUCCCCAGCAAAACAUAUUUGACUCAGCUACAGAAAUAUCCAAAACAUUCCAUCUGCAUGACUUUGUAAAGUUCUGCCUUUGUAUAAGUGUGCAUGUUUGUGUACUAGUCUGAUUGUGGCUGAAGGGGCUGUGUGUGUGUGUGUGUGUGUGUGUGUGUGUGUGUGUGUGUGUGUGUGUGUGUGUGUGUGUGUGAGUGAGUCGAAGCAGGGUUUUUCAUGCCUUGUUUAUGGCUUGUGUUUCACACGGGAAAAAGUGGAAUAUCUUCCCCAAACCGGUCCACCGAGCUCCGGUCAGAACAAGCUGCCCAAAGCCGACCCCAGCUGCCUUCCCUCUGCCUCUUUCAGGAGAUUCUCAUCACUCGGCUGAUGCUGCGCUCUGUGCCAAGGCCCCUCUUUAAGCUCAUCGUCCUCUUCAUUCAGAAGGCUAAUGUUAUUCACCCUGACGCCUCAUGUUUGUCACAAGAAAACAAACUCCCCACUACAGUGCCACCUGCCUCUCUUGUCUCUCAGUGUGUUCAUAGUGUGGAGAAUCAAGAACUGCCUCAGAUCAUGCGGUGUUUUAAUAACACCUGAGCUGUACCUUGCAUUUUUGACUGUGCUACAGUAUCCAUCCUCCGCGGAGGUCAUCCACACGUAGAUUGGCAAUGUUUGUUUCUCUUUUGAUGUACUAGUAACCUUUGUACGCUGUAUGAGAGAGGAAUUGAUGUAUGACAGAAAUUUAUUUUUGGUGUUUCUCUUCUUCUGAACAGUAUUUUCUCUGCCUAAUAAAAUCAUGUAUUCUGGCUA